AUGUAUCUGGUGACAAGCAAACUAACAGAGGGAUGCGUCACUCCCUACCCGCUGGCGCGACGCGUGCAUUUCUUCCCGUGCAGUGAAGUUACGUCUCUGGGCGGCGCAGCAUCAUCAACUUCGGAGCAGCAGACGUCGUCGGGGGAAGCAGCAGCGGCAAAGCGUGAUGGGCUUGUUGCCUCCCACAGCAUCCAGCACAGUCUUCAUCCCUCCGUCGACGGUAAGUUCGUUGCCGCCAUCAGCAGUGGAAGGUGCAGGCAUUAUCUCGUCGAAAUCAUGAGUGGUCGUGUCUGCGAGUUCACAACGCGCGUGGAAGUUGUCAGUGUGGCGUGGCACCCGACUAACACUACAUCUCUGUUGCUGCUGCAGGCGACAGGGAUUCUCCUCGUCCUUCGCGUCGACACCCCAUCGAUGCGUGUAGUGUUCAAGGACAGGCGGGAGGUGCACCUGAAGAAUAUUAUCGCGGAGUUCAAGGAUUACGUCGUCACAGGCGGUGCUGGCGACUCACUCACGGCGCAGCUGGAGGACCCACGCGGUCGCAAGCGCGAAACGUUGAAGCCGAGCGAGGCGCCACUCGCUGUCAAGGAAGAAGCCGCUGCGACAGCGGUUGAGAAUGGCGGCCCUGAAGAGGAAGCAGCCGCCACAGCAGAAGUGGCAACCAGGAGCGGGAGCAACUGUUCGGUGUCGCCUGAGGGGUCGACUGGCAGCCCGUCGGCUUCGCCCCCCUCUGCACAGAGGCAGGAGGGAAGCCAAAAGUGGGGUGAGGGGCAAGAGCGGCAGGGGGAGGGAACGAGGGCGUCGGCAAAAGCAACCGAUGGCGAGGCGUCAAUGGCAGCCCUCGAGGGGGCGGCACACACAGCCAGAGGCGCGCCGGACGAAAGCGAAGACGCGUUGAUUGGCAUGUGCGUCAUUCCCGCGUCGCGCAGCCUACCGGUGAUGCUGCUGGUGUUGUGCCGCAGCGGUGACAUCUUCUCUCUGAAGCUGGACGCUGAGGGAAUGCCAGCGUCGCUCGCAAAGGAAUACGACGGCCGUGUCGACACGAUUUGGGGCGAGGAGCCGGUGCCGCACCGCGACGUUGGCCCGCACCCGUGUGUGCACUAUCUGGUGCGGGGCGGGGCCGCGGCGGUCGGCUACGAUGAGGCGCCACUCGCCAUUGGAACGGCGCUGCUGGACGAAGACGUCGGCCGCCACGUCGUAAUUGUUGUCUGGAGCAGCGGGGUGGUUCGCGGCAGCUGGUUCAGCGAGCCAGACCUUCUCUGCCGCGACCUCAUGCGGCCGCGGAUGGAGGUCACCAUUCAUCUUGAUGCUGCACUGCGGCAGCAGGAGCUGACCAGCUCGCAUGUGUCGCGUCUCGUCAGCGUGCAGACGUGUGGCAACACAACUCUGAUCCGAUACGGCGAUGCGGCCUAUGUUUGCGUGUGGGCCGUGUGGUCGCGGCGCGCGGCGGCGUGGGUGUAUCGCGAUGUGGGUGCGGAAGGCUGCCAGCGGGUACCUGUUGUUGGCCGCAGCGCCGCUAUUCCCGAGCCGUUGGCGCUGCGGCUGCCGUAUGACGUCACCGACGCAAGUGUCGCUGUCGGCGUCAACGACAUCGUCAUUGUCCCGGAGGUCGCCACACAAGCGCAGCCGUGCGCACGCUCCAAGUUGGUCGUGGUGAAGGUUGCCAGCCUCUUGCUCGCCGCGAUCUACGCACGCGGGGAGCGGUACAGUCUUACGUACGACGCCACCGGCACUUCAGUAGCAACAGCAGAUGACAAGAGCGUCGUUGACGGCGCACGGCACAACAACUUGGAGCGGCUGCUCGAGCUCACAGCGGAGUGCUAUCAGCAGUGGAUCUGUGGGUACCCGCACGACACCAUCGACAUCAGCACCGCCGCGUUGGCGCAACGCGUGCAGGACACACAUGCUGCGAUGCGGAAACGCCAUGAGUCCAUGCAGGAGCGGGAGGGGCGACUAGCCGACCGUGUCGCAUGUCUGACGCAGAAGCAGCAGGAGAUNAUGCGGAAACGCCAUGAGUCCAUGCAGGAGCGGGAGGGGCGACUAGCCGACCGUGUCGCAUGUCUGACGCAGAAGCAGCAGGAGAUGGCACAGGAUCUGGCACAUGCACAGAACACUGUGCGCGAUGCGGUGCUGCACCGUCGUGGUAUCGACGCAAUCUAUGCCGCCAACGAGACGCUGGGUAAAGUGCAUACAGUGCUGAAGGAGCUGGAGGCAGUCGCUGCGCAAAGAGAGGCAAGCAAGGAGAAGGCUGCAGGCACCCUGUUGGCGUGA